UGGGACUAGAGAAAGCUCUGUGAGUUGUCUGUGACAAAACUCUUCUUCCUCUGUAGGUUUGAGAGGCUUUGGGAGGAAGAGGUAACUAAGGUGGGACUAGAGAAAGCUUCUGUAGGUUUGAGAGGCUUUGGGAGGAAGAGGUAACUAAAGUGGGACUAGAGAAAGCUCUGUGAGUUGUCUGUGACAAAACUCUUCUUCCUCUGUAGGUUUGAGAGGCUUUGGGAGGAAGAGGUAACUAAAGUGGGACUAGAGAAAGCUCUGUGAGUUGUCUGUGACAAAACUCUUCUUCCUCUGUAGGUUUGAGAGGCUUUGGGAGGAAGAGGUAACUAAAGUGGGACUAGAGAAAGCUUCUUUAGGUGGAGUCUUCAUGCGCUUUCAAAGAACCAGAUCACUGGUGGCCUUCCUCGUCACCAUCCUCUUCACGCUCUCUGUGUUUAUCGGACCGGCGGUUCUGGUGUAUGAGAUCCUGAACUAUGCAGAAACCCCUGGGUCGUCUACUCUGCUCCACGGUGUGGGUCUGUGUGUGGCUCUGUUCGUCUCAGAGUUCUCCAAAGCCUUCUUUGCCUCUCUACUGUGGGCUGUUAACCUGAGGACGGCCAUCAGGGUGAAGAGCGCCUUCUCUGUCGUCGCCUUCCAGAAGAUCAUCUCUCUCAGAUCCGUCAGCAACCUCUCUGUGGGAGAGAUGAUCAAUGUGCUGACCAGUGAUGGCUACAGGAUGUUUGAGGCUGUGCUGUUUGGUACCUUCCUGCUGUGUAUCCCUGUGCUACUGACCGCCUGUAUGAUCUACGCCUGCUACACUCUAGGAUACACUGCCCUCAUAGGGGUCUCUGUCUACCUCGUCUUCAUCCCCAUACAGUUUUUCAUGGCCAGACUGAUCCAAGUGUUCAGGAGGAAAGCGGUGAGCGUCACAGACACUCGUGUCCGCACCAUGAACGAGGUUCUCACCUGCAUCAAACUCAUCAAGAUGUAUGCCUGGGAAACCUCCUUCGAGAAGAAAAUCACCGACAUCAGGAAGAAUGAGAAGCAGCUGCUGGAGAUGGCUGGCUACAUCCAGAGUAUUAACUCCUCCAUCACAACCAUCAUCCCCACCCUGGCAACCAUCCUCACCUUCGUAGUCCACACCCUGCUGGGCCUGCCCCUCAGCUCCUCGGAAGCUUUUACCACAAUCGCCAUCUUUAACUCCAUGCGGUUCUCCCUGGGGUUGCUGCCGUUCUCUGUCAAAGCCAUAGCCGAGGGACUUAUCGAUAGCCCGGCUAAAGAAACUGCUGAUGACACAGAACCCAGACUUACCUGGUCAGAGACACGGGUCCUCUUCGGCCCUGGUCAUGGAGAGGCAACAUUCACCUGGGCCGGGCCUGAAGGACAGACAACCACUACGGCACCAGGCACCACAGCCUCUCUGAAGGGAGGAAGGUGGAACCACAGGGCCAGAGUUAGGACUCACACACCGGGCAAGACCGAGGCCAAGCCCACCCUGAGAAACAUCUCCUUCAACCUGCCUAAGGGAAACCUGCUUGGUAUCUGUGGCAACGUGGGAAGUGGGAAGACAUCGCUGAUAUCGAGCAUCUUAGAACAGAUGCACCUGCAGCAUGGUUCAGUCACAGCAGACGGAGUUAGUUUGCCUACGUUUCCCAGCAGGCCUGGAUCUUCUCACUUUACGGUCCAAGACAAUAUCUUGAUGGGGAACCCUUCAACCAGACCAG